GUUUUCGACGAAAGAAAGUUGUGGACGCCGUUUAAACAGUACAUGCAGUUUUCUGGGCCGGUGGUGAUUUUGAAUUAGCGGCGUUUGGAAGGAUUGGAAGCGGCUACAGGCGUUUGCGGACGACUGAGCCCAAUUUGCCUUGUAACUUUCGGCGCAACUUUCAACCAAAAAUCGAUUCAGAAUGCAGCAGAACCAAAGCCAUGGCGCGGGUGACCUCGAAAGUCUUAGGCAAGAAGCAGAAGUAUUGAAAGCACAGAUCAGGGUAAGUAUUUGUGUUACCACUCCAUAACAACCGGCCAACCGGCUAGCAAGUGGGUGAACCCACUGAACGAACGGAUAACACAUUGAUCGCUUUCAAAACCGUGGUAUUUAUGGUUUGAGAAGCAGGACAUCGAUGAUCUAAGUUGCCAAAAAGAUCAUACGCGAGCCUUGUAUCGGUUUCACCUUGAUGUGAUCCAAAAUAUGUUCUUUUGAGACCGCUUUGUUGUUAGUGAUCGCGAAAUUUGUUCUUCGUUCUGUGGAGGUCGCCAUUAGAUUCUCGCGGCGAAGUGCCACGCGAGCUCUGACAAUAUUUCAGCAUUGUCGUUCGAUAUUGUCAAAGGCAAUCAGUAUUUUGACGAGAUGUGAAAUAUUUUCCACCAUUCCCUUCCAUGUUUCGUCUUUCCGAUGUGAUCUUCUGUCUAGGAGCGAGAUAUUUCAGAGGAAAGUUUUCUCUCGCUUCAGUAUUUAUAUUUAUAGUACACACUGGCAGAUGUUGCAAGAGACCAUUUCCAUGUUCCUUACGAAUAUUGCAUUCAUUACGCUUGAGAUCGCUACCAGAAAAAGGCUCCAAAGGUCUUGUUCCUCGUCUGUUAAUGUGAGGAAAACUAGCAUUCUUAACUAAAUGAACUGGGAGGUAAAUUUUGCAAGUCGCAUUUUGUGGUCGGAAUAUAAUGUCGACCAUAGCAAGUUAGCACCGUCAUCUCUAUGAUUCGAAGCAGCGAGAUCAUUAAACAGAAAAAAAAAACAGAGAUGUUUCAGAAAUGAUGCUUGAGCCAUAGUUUUUAUUGAUUUUUCGUUAUGACCGUGGCAAAAUUGAGUAAAGAUUGGGAAUUUAAAAAGGAAAUGAACUACAUUUCUUGAAAUGGAUAAGCCAUUGAAAGUUCGUCUAGUUUCAUCGUUGCUGCGGAGUUCUUUUCCAAUGCUCCUCGAUUUUCGCUCCGUCUGUUGUUCUUUGGAUAGCUUUCAGCAAUUCUUGUCGAAAGGAGUAUCAACUAUGGGGAGCUUUUGCGGUUGUGCCGAUUAAAUUGCGAGUUGUGUUUUGUGCCUACAAGUUCAAUGGUGUAAUGUUCGAAAUUGAAAGACUGACUCUCUUUGCUUCCUAAAGUCAACUCAAAACGGAAGCUUUACCUUUCGAACUCUCUCUUGCCAUCUUUUUCGGGCAAUAUCACUUUUAUAAGAGAUUCUACAGCGAAUGAAAUUAAAGCCAAGUCAGCAAAGGCUCAAAUAUAACGCUUGAACAAUGCUUUUCCUCGAGAAAAGAUACAAACGUCGAAUUGCUAUGAAUAUUUCGACGAUAACGAGUCAUUUCUCAGUUCGUAAAAUGGGUUGAGGUGUGUCCGUAAAGUUCCUGAUCAUAUUUUUUAUGUCAUAGUUUUAAUCAAUGUUUUUCAAUCUACCCUAACUUUUUCCACGAGCGUUUUCAUUUUACAAAAAACCAGGCGAAUUGCGAGCGAUCCAGACGUUUGUUUCGAUUGCAAUGGCCCCCACGGGCGACCAUCUUGAACGAAGUCGAACAUUUAAACCGCACCAUGGAAACUGUGAAACACACAUUUGUUUUCUUAGGAAAGCUCCUGAGAUGCUGCUGAAAAGAAUACCACUUUUGCAGUGUCCUUAUCACUGAAGAACGAGCAUCUUUGAUGUGGAAAUAUUAUCUGACACGAUUUCGUUCGUUCCGUAUUGCACUUUCGUUACUCUUCUUUUUCGUGAUGUUCUGCAUAUUUCAUUCCUUCCUAGAGAUAUAUCGCUUCAAUAAAACCAACGAAGAAAGACUUUCAACGAAACGUUUCCUUGUAUACAGAAAGUAAACUUUUGUGUAAGUUUCAAUUUCUGUUUUCAAAAGGAGAAGUUGAGCAUUUUCUGUAAACAAACCGGUUGGAAGUCCCUGUUGCUAUAAUUCAAUGUUCAGGUUGUAAUCUAGAAGCUCAAUUUCAGUCUGUUUGAUUGUAUUGAAAUUAUCUUUCCUUGAAAUAAAUUUAUAUGUACAUUUGAUCCUUUGCUCAUGAUCCAAAAAAUGCUGGCUUUUUAAGCCCAAGGGCAAUGUGUUCAAGCAUAUCUCACAGGGCCUGAGUGAGACUGUUCAAAUUAAGUUUUAUUUUUACCACUUUGAUACAGGUGUUAGUUCAUCAAAGACUAAGUCAUGAUGUUACAGGUGGAUGAGAGCCAUUUGACCUUUUUCAAUGUAAUAUAUAGAUAGUUCAACCCAAUAACUGGCCCUAUUUUCAACAGCAUGCAACCAAACAUAACAUGGUCAUCUUGAAAUCUCUAAACUCGCAAGGGCUUAUCAUUCGCAGAUGAUUCGCUCUUGACAAGAGCUGUUUCUCUUUAUUUACGUAUGUGAACUUUGUACCUUUAAGAUUAAAUGAGAACAUUUUAUUACUUCUGUCGAGAUCGUUCUGUACAAAAUGCAAUCUCACAUAUUUGUUAAUGUUUGUAAGCGCAGUUUAUACCCUUGUGCCAAACAUUAAGAUGUGUUUGACGAGAAGUAAUUUUAGUCUUACAAUAGUCAUUGCUGAUGUCGAAAAGCAAGCUUGUGAUUCUGUAGGUGAGCUCUCUGUGUAGUAAUGCAAGUCUUCAUAUCAGUGAAUACAUCAAAGAUAAAUUACUUUUGAUAUAGAUGUCAUGGUGAUACUGAGAAAAAUCUCACCCUAUUCUGAGUUGCUAGCCUGUGUAUCUCUGAUAAGAACAUUUUUUAUGUUUUCUACGUGGUAACCAAGUGUUACAUGGAACGCCAACAUUUAUGCAGUUCAAAGAAUCACAUAUGAACCUUUUAAGCUGCCCCACAAUACAUCAGUGAGAUUUAUUUCUCUUUUUUUUCCAACAGGAUGCAAGGAAAGCAGUGUGCGAUACAUCCCUGACACAAGUAAGUCAGUGUAAAAAACAAAAAGCAGUUGGAUUUAGUUUAGUAAAUACUAUGUCUUAUGCUCUUUGUAUAACCCAUGAUCUGGUUAUAACCUUUUUUUCCUGUGACUUUGUUGUGUAAUUUGUUGAAUUACUCUCACUUUUCAGGUAACACAUAAUAUUGAAGCUGUCGGUAGAAUACAGAUGAGAACUAGAAGAACACUUCGAGGACAUCUUGCAAAAAUAUAUGCAAUGCACUGGGCUACUGAUUCAAGGUAUGUCAGUAUUAAUCCUGUAACUCUUAUUUUUUUUUAGUGUUUUUUUUUUUUCCUUUUUUAGUACUGAAAUAUUUUGUGAAUUACAGUUACUGCUCCUUUUCUUUACUUGUCUUUUUCAACUUCUCACUUUAUUCUCUUCCUAAGAGUGAUCAGCAUUUAAUUUCACCCAACAGUAAUACUGCUAAGUCAUUCAUAGAGAUCACGAGAAUAAAGAAAAUGAUCACAGACCUAAAAAGCUUUGAUUGUUACAGCAAUUCUCCCUGUCAGUGCUAGAGGAAAAAUGUAGAGAAGAGUGUGGAGAAUAUAGAUACUGAUGUAAGGGUGUUAAAGGUUUAAGCGCUGCUGAAAAUUGUUUUUAGUCUGAUAUACCUCUCACCACUGCUUUCUUAAUUUCAGGAAUUUAGUUAGUGCUUCACAAGAUGGAAAGCUUAUUGUUUGGGAUUCAUAUACAACUAACAAGGUAAAUUAUUACACCCACAUGAUAGUUUAUACUCAACAAAAGAACGACUAAUGCUUAAAAUGUUUGCUUUAGAAACUUUUAAUGGUGGCCAAUUUACAUCAUCAACUUGGUUGAUAAAGCAAAAUUAUGUAUGAAAUGAAUGCCUGACUGGAUUUAAGAUUGACUGCAGACUGUGAACAGAGUAAUUUUCUAAGUACUACUACUACAUUAACUUUGAUUUGUCAAUCACAAUUAUCGUAUGAAUUUGAGGAAAAUGUCCAUUCAUUUCCAAAUCAUUGGAUAGUGUGGGUAAUGUGCACCUAGAGUGUGCAAAGUUGUGUGAGGAAGUGAUUUUGUUACAAAUGUAGUAAGUAAAAAGUGAAUGGACUGUCAGCACAUCUUAUGACUUCUGGUCACUAACUGUGUUUUUAAAAGGUUGUCAAGUGGCACCAGGGUUUGAAUGCAUUUAUGAGAACGUUCUGAAAAUCACUUUUAUCCUUAAACUUUGAAGUACAUUUGUGUGCGUACCAUUUCCUACCUUUUAUGGCCUCAUUUAACUGAAGACAUCGACUUGUUUUCAAUAUGUUCUAGGUACAUGCAAUACCUUUACGAUCCAGUUGGGUGAUGACAUGUGCAUAUGCUCCCUCAGGAAAUUAUGUUGCAUGUGGUAAGUAAUGCAGAGCCAAUUUAAUUGCAGGCCUUGUUUAUAUGAAGUGACAUUUGGGUAUUUCGAAAGAGAAAUUAAAGGAGUUUGCCCUUGAAUCCCUAGAAGUGAUAACCAUGCAACUUCUCCCUUUAAUUUAAUAUCCAUUAAUUAUCCAUCAAGUAAUGAUAGUGCUCAAACCUAUUAGGCUGAGGUUGAUCUAACUCCUCUUGCAACUAAUUUUCAAAUGAAUCAUGCAGCAGCAAAUAAGGAGAAUCAACAGAUCUUGGGAUUAAAAGUGUACACCUUUUUUAAAAUAUACAAUUAUUUGGUUUUAGUCAAACAGGAGCGCAGAAAUAGGAAAGAAGGCAAUUUGAAUUGGAUCUUACUAGGGUUUUGGAGAAGAAGAAACAGCUUGGCCUUUGACACCUGGGCAUGGUCAGCAUGCCCUGGGUUGUUAUUAGAAAAUGCAGUAGGUUUAUGAUUCGAACUGAGUAGAUUUGGAUCAUGCUUGGGAGAGAGGGGGUUCACCCUUAAAUUCGCACAAGUGAUGAACAUGAAAUUUCUUCCUAUAGUAUCCUAGUAUUACCCAGCACACAGAUAAUGAGAAUACUCAAAUUUAUCUAACACCUAAUUCUUUGAACUAAGUUAUAAGGAAAUUUGUAGCAGCAAGAUGGGAGAAUUGUUAGUCAGAUCUUGGAAGUUAAGGUGAACAUGUGUUGGACUGGUGUCUUUCAGUAAGGGGCAGUACUCCUCUUCACUUCAAGUGGUGUGGGUCUCUGUUCUAAAACAGGCUUAGCCUUUUUAUACUAAUGUUUGGUUGUGUUUGAUCAAUAGGUGGACUGGACAAUAUCUGUUCCAUAUACAGCUUGAAAACAAGAGAAGGAAAUGUCAGAGUCAGUCGGGAGUUGCCUGGUCACACAGGUGUGUUGUUGUUACAGUUUUUGUAAAUGCAGGGUUUUCAAAUUUUGCUGGUACGUGGUGCAAGUCACCAGCUACUUCAAGCAUUUGCGCCAGGUACUUUUCAUGUUCCAGCACCUUAUCCCACAAGGCCGCCGUUAUUGCGAUGAGAUAGUGCUCUGGCUACUUUACAAUUUCCUCCUGAUACUUUUUUCCUAUUUGAAAACCUUGUAAGUGUCCACCUUCAUAGCAGAUUCUUGAUGCUGGAUGACUUUUUUCAAUGAAAGUCUUGCAUCAAUAGAAUUCACUUUGUAAGAGGGACUUAAAUAAUGAACUCCAUUCCCCUUAUAUCUAACCAGAAGUUGAGAACAAGUGGUGUCCUCAACUUAAAUAGAAUCUGCAAUUAGAAUGAGUCCCAGAAAAAAUCCACCGACCUGUUAGACAACUGUGGUGUGAAUUUUGUCACAGGGGUGAAAAAUCCACAGGCCCCAGGCCAUAAGACACAACUUUUUUUGCAUGCCGAUUCAGAGAGUUUCACAAUAUCUAUACCACUCUCCUUCCAGAAUCUCCAUAUGCUAUGUUUUUAACCCUUCAACUCAGGGGAGUGACCAAGAUGUAAAUUAUCCUUAGUAUCACUAUAGUAUUAACCCUUAAGCCCCCUAAGAGUGACUAGCAUCUAAUUUCUCCUGACUAUAUCAUCCCUGAAUCAAGCGUGAAAGUCAUGAGAAUAGUGAAGAUGAUCACCAACUAAAGCAGCUCUUGAUUGAUAAACAAAUUCUCCUUGUCAGCCUCUUUGGAAAUGUAUGAAGAACAGUAUGGAGAAUAUCCAUACUGAUGUUAGGGUGGAAAGGGUUAAGCAGCCGAGACGCAAGAAUGGAGGAAAAAAUUAACCAGAGAAUUUUUGUUUAAUCCAACAACAAAUUCUUUGAACAGACAUUUUAAGAAAUGAAUUGUAGACUGUAAAGAGAAUUUCCAUGAAAAUUAUGAAGGGGUUAAAACAUUUUCAGUUUAUGCAUGGUUUUUUCCCUCUUCUUUUGUCAGGUUACUUGUCAUGUUGUCGUUUCACUGAUGACAACCAAAUUCUCACCAGUUCAGGAGAUAUGACCUGGUAAGACUGUGUAAUUCAGAAGUAAAUAGUCUUCCAAACUAUAAUUCCAGUAGACUUGUUCCACAUCUUGCAAGAUUGCAAACUACUGAAAGAAGAAACAAAAAGUAGUUACUACACAAGGCCUUUCUUUGAGGUGCCAUCUUUGAGUCACUUUGCUUGAAAUUUCAGCUGGCGGCUUAACUUCUUAGCUACAACCCUACAUACCAAUCAGAAUUAUUAUUUACAAGGAAAUUUAUGUUUGUUUUCAGUGCUUUGUGGGACAUCGAGACUGGACAGCAAACUACCACAUUCAGUGGUCAUACAGGCGAUGUGAUGAGCCUAUCACUCUCUCCAGAUAGCAAAUCUUUUGUGUCAGGUGCUUGUGAUGCAUCAGCAAAGGUAUCACAGUCUGAGUAGUUUUUUUUUUUUUUCCCUUGUUUUUUUUUUUUUUGGCUGCCUUGUUGUGAUAUUUUUUUAAACACUAGCCCUUAAAAAGCACGGUUGAUGGAUUUCACAAUUUAGUUUUACCUACACUAGACCAUAUUUUUCAGAGUUAGGUCAUGAGCUCUGAGCUUGGUUACAAGAUCAUAGCAUGGCUCCACUCAGCCAACCAGAAGGUUAGAAAUUCAAUAAACAGGCACCAAUUGUAACUAAAUUACUUCAUUCUUGUUCUUUCAGCUGUGGAGUAUACCGGACGGCAUGUGUAAACAAACUUUCACAGGACAUGAAUCAGAUAUCAAUGCAGUAGCAGUAAGUUUCAAACCAAAUUUUUUAGCCUUCUUUGAAGUUAAUUCUGGUUUUAGUGCCAUACUUAAUAAUCUGGGAUAGUUUGUAACUGUAAAACUUAAUUUCUCCAUUUAGUGUCGACCCAGCAGUAAGUAGAUAGGUGACAAGAAUGAAGACAAAUGUUUACAAAAGGGCAUAGGUGCCUUCACUUAGGCUCAAGGGUUUGGGCCAUUUGUCAUACCUGUGACAAAGUUGAGCACCAUGCCAAAAGUCUUUACAUAACAGCUAAUACUAGCUUGUUUGCUUCAGAGAACCAUAAAUGGCUUAUUCUUGUCUUUAGAGGUCACGCAGUUUUUUAGAUUGUCAGAGCCUGUUAAUCAGUGCUUGCCAAGAUAAGGCUGGAAGUUCUUUGGAAGAUAAACAAUAAUUGCAGGGUAAUCUUAGAUUUGGGCCUUUCCAGUGGAAAACCAAGUAACACGAGGAUCAUUAGAUGGGUCAACACUUAAUUCCCAGAGCUGUAAAAGAAAUGAACAGCAGACAGUAAGGUAGAUAACUAUUAAGAUAUUGGGAUUGAAAAGGUAAAUAUUUUGUUUUUGGUUCAUUUCAGUAUUUUCCCAAUGGAUAUGCAUUUGCAACAGGGUCUGACGAUGCCACUUGUAGGCUGUUUGACAUCCGAGCUGAUCAGGUAAUAACUUAAUUGACAAGUUAGCCUAUGCAGGUUAAUCAUGCUUUAGGUUCCUUUUGAAACUUAGUAAAGGAUCUGAAGUAUUUGGUGGGUGUUGUGGUUUUCUUUUUUUUGAUUCCUCAUAUGACUUCCAAGCUUAUUAUCUAGUGAAAACUAGAUUGUUGGAGUCACGAGCAGAAGUGGAAGAACUCUGAAGCUUUCAACUCUGACAAUCCAGUUUUCAGUGGAUCAUAGGCAAUAGAGCUGUGAGCAGCACCAACGGUUUUCUUCAAUUUUGUUGGUUUUAUUUUAACUAGAUCAUAUUGCUCUGUGCUUAUGAUCAUGACCAUCAUAAAUGAAAACCAGCCUUUGAAGACAGCUGAUCUAUUGUAAGAUGUCUAACAAAUCUCAUUAACUAAACAAUAAUUCACUUGGUCUAUCAUAGGAGCUCAUGGUUUAUGCUCAUGAUAACAUAAUCUGCGGCAUCACCUCCGUGGCCUUCUCCAAGAGUGGUCGCCUGCUAUUGGCUGGUUAUGAUGAUUUCAACUGCAAUGUAUGGGACACAUUGAAAGGAGAGCGGGCAGGCGUUCUUGCUGGGCAUGACAACCGUGUCAGUUGUCUGGGUGUAACUGAUGAUGGCAUGGCUGUUGCUACCGGUAGUUGGGACAGUUUCUUGAAGAUCUGGAACUAA